GCUCUAGAACAGUAAUUUCUCCCUUUCUUCAGAAGAAAUGAGGUUUGUAGUCAAAGUUAUCAUAGCUUACCCACUAACAGGGAAAACUGGAAUUUUCAAAACCAAAGAAAAUGAUGGCAUUUCUACUUUACUUCCCUACAUGCUCCACUUCAAUCUUGAUGCUUUGCUUUUCCUUUCCUUGCAGGGCUACUUUCACUAUCCAUCGCAUCUUUCUUCUUCAAUCUAGCUAACUCAGGCACCUUCUAAAAGGCCCAAAGCAACUUCAUUGUUCUUACUACCGAAACCAUGAAUUCACCAGGUAUAUUUUGCACCUUCUUUUCCUUGUGUUCUUUAUGCCUUUGCAAGUAGUGCGGUUCCAGUUAUCAUUUAGUGAUGCUCCGAGAAGCAUAGUCAAUCUGUUUAGUUAACCAACAAGACUAUUUAAGGGGAGAUGUCCGAUUGUGAAAUUCUAUUCUUUCAGGAUUAACAGUUGCCUUCAUUUCAGCUACUGGAACUUCAUCUUGAAGGUGUUUUUUUUCCAAUCACACAGCUCUGAAGUCCUUCUCCAGAAAACUAGUAGGAAUGUUCUGUUGUCAACGUUCAGAAAGCAAGUAUGAGAGGUUAGACUCUCGGCUACAAAAGAGAAUGAUCGAGAUCAAAAGAAGGUCAUCACAAGAGAGCAACUUCAGGUCAAUCAAUGCCAUAAUCUUGAAAUUUCCCAAGUUCAAAGAGGGAUUGCAAGAAAUCAGGAAUGUGUUUGAACAGUGUGAUGAAGAUAAAAAUGAGAUAAUAGACCGAGCGGAACUGAGAAAAUGCUUGCAGAAAUUGCAGUUAACCAUAUCCGAGGAGGAAAUUGAUGAUCUCUUUAAUGCUUGUGACAUAGAUGAAAAUGAAGGCAUACGACUGAAUGAGUUCACUGUUCUGCUAUGCCUCAUUUAUGUCCUAUCAGUUCCUUCCGACUCCUCUCAUAAUAAGUUAAAGAUUCUUACACCACAGCUUGAAGGUACCUUUAGAACUAUUAUUGAAGCAUUCUUGUUCCUUGAUAAAAGUGGUCAUGGCAAGUUGAACAAGAAAGAUGUUGUCAAGGCGCUCAAUGAUGCUUCUCCCUGGGAGAGAUCGCCUUCUCAUGUGACUCGGACACGAUUCAAAGAAAUGGACUGGCACAGGAAAGGAAAGGUCGGCUUCAGGGAAUUUCUCUUCGCUUUCAUCAAGUGGAUUGGGAUUGAGUCCGAAUCUGAUGAUGAGGAAAUCUAUAUUGAGAGCUUACCUGAAACAUGAAGAUCUAUCAAGAAACAAUCUCAAAGCAGCCAGAUUCCAUCAAAAUGUAUGCUAUAGUAAUGUAAUAUCAGAUCAAUGUACACAGUAAUCGGUAUAUUUCUGUUCUUCAUGCAUAUAUUUGUCCGUUUGAUCAGUGAAACAUGUAGAUAUUUUUAAGUGUCUUGAAUUUCAGUGAACUGUUAUAGGCUGUAAUAUAACCCAAAAAUUCGGAUUUCCACUCCCGAAAGAUGAAAAGGGUGAGGUCAGUGGAAAUAGAGAAAUGUUCUUCCUUGAAGACAAACUACUCUUUGUACAUGCUUCAAAACUGAACUGAUUACAAAACCCUUAACAUGAAACCUAUGAAAGAUAAAGAUUAAUAAGUUGCGUUUUGAUUUGCAAAGCUUCUAUUACACAAAGUACAUCACACUGAACUUCAUUGUAUUCCAAGUGCUUGAAUUCUUCUUAUGAGUGACAAUGAAGUUGAAUUACUUUGUUUCCAUUCAUGUCUAUCCUCCUGCUUUUGCACAUUUUGUAUCAGCCAUUGAUCAUAUCCAUCGAGUAUGCUUACGAUCUGCUUCAUGCUUGGUCUUGAUUCCGGAUUGGAGCUGGUACAAGCGAUUCCUAGUUUAAUCAAUCUCUUCAAUUCCCUGGGGUUGUACUUUCCAUCCAAUCUCCAGUCUACUAAAUCUUCAUAUGAUCUUCCCUGCUCCUCAACUUCAUGAACUUUCCUCACCAAUAGUACCUCAGGGUAGCGAAAAUCUACAGCCAUUUGCCCAGUUACCACCUCAAGCAACACAACACCAAAGCUAUAAACAUCAGAUUUUGUCGUUGCUUCACCACUUUCUACAUACUCUGGUGACAUGUAACCAAAAAUCCCACAGGUAGACCUUUUUUUGUCUACAACAACAUGAUGUCCAUGCUCGUUGCGAGCCAAAAAUUCAGCAAGAGCAAAACAACCAAGCCUAGGAUUCAUGUCCUCUUCCAGGACUACUGCAGAAGAUGUGAUACUUCUAUGGAUCACCUGUUCAUCCCAUUCCUCAUGGAGAUAGUGAACAGCAGAAGCAAGCGAUCGGAUUAUGCUGUACCGGUGAUGCCAUUUCAUGCUGGUUUUUUUGUGAUGGAAAAGGACAUGGCUCAAGACGCAGCUUGCACUGUAAUCAUACACGACGAGCAUCUCUCCUUGCUCAGUACACCAUCCACGAAGCUGAACAAGAUUCCGGUGGCGAAGUCUUCCCAAGUUUUGGAGCUCGUUUGAGAACCGCAACCUCAAUGCUGGACAUGUCUUCAUGCCUAGCCGCUUCACAAGAACAUGGUGAUGAUCCUCAAGAAGACCAAGAUACGCCGUGCCAAAGUCAACCUCAGCAACUCUUCGAGAAUCAGCAAAAUUGUUUGUGGCAGAGAUAAUCUCCUUAUAGGUGAUGACCCUUGGAGUCUCAACAACUGGAAACGAACUUUGUCGCAUGUAGCUUUUGUGAGAAGAGACAACAAUGCUGUUCUCAAACUCAGCAGUAACAUACAUAGUCUCCCCCGUGGCAGUGACAAAGUUUGAUGAGUUCAAUGCAGCAUUACUAACGCUUGUCGAGGAUUGUGUUGUGGUGGACUUUGUUGUUGUGAUGGUGUAGCUAGAGCUAAAAUUGCUUGGAGAUGAUGACAAAGUGAUAUAAAGAGGAUGGCUCUUGAAUGAAGGAAGACUUGGUAAUUUACCAUAAAAGUUUCCGGAAAGAACAUCAACAGCCCAUUUCAUGUUAGGCCUUGAUUUAGGAUCAUGAAGUGUGCACAGAAGUCCAACAUGAAUCAUGUUCUCCAUGUCAGAAAGGUUGUAGGAUCCAUCAGAAAGCCUGGAAUCCCCUGCUUGUAGAAGCAUUCCCUCAUCAGAGAGCUUCCUGAUCCAAUCAAGCAAAAUUAUUUGAUCAUCAGGUAGGGUAAGAUCAACUGCCCUUCUCCCCGAAACAACCUCCAACACCACAAUUCCAAAGCUGAACACAUCAGAUUUCGCAGUCGCGAAACUUCUUUUCUGAAAACUCUCUGGAGGCAAGUACCCAAUUGUUCCUCCAAUUUUAGUAGUUUCCACAAGCCUGAAUUGUUGCUGAUUGUUAUUCUUAUUCAUCGAAGGAGUUCUGAUUUGGGUGUACUCAGUAUUAUGUUCCAGCCACCUAGCCAAGCCGAAAUCACCAAGACGAGCGUUGAAAUGCGAAUCGAGCAUUACAUUGCUCGUCUUCACAUCCCUGUGGAUGAUCUGUGUCUCCAGUUGCUCAUGAAGGUAAAACAAAGCAGCAGCUAAGCCAUUCACAAUCUUCUUUCUUUGAUCCCAAUCAAGAACAAAUGAUGAUGACCCUGAUCCUGUUUUCUCUGCUCCUCUGAAAAGAACUCUGUCAAGACUUCUGUUAGGCAUAUAAUCAUACACAAGAAGCAACUGAUCAUCAUGAACACACCAUCCCCUGAGCCGGACAAGAUUCCGGUGGCGAAGAUGAGCAACAGCAACCAAUUCAGCAGCAAAUGUCUUCUCAAAACGGUCUCCUUUCUCUGCCAAACACUUGACAGCAACCACUGUUCCAUCACUGGGCAAAACAGCUUUAUAAACUCUGCCAAAACCACCACUUCCAAGCAAUUCUUCCUUGCUGAAUCCUCUUGAGCCUAUGUAAAGCUCAGAAUAGCUGAAAAUUCUUGGGUUUGCAGACCCAACUUCCUCUGUUGAUGAUGAUGACAGCUUCAUGCCUUCUGUGUCAUGAAACUGCAAAAUCCCGGAAAACUGCUCAUCUGUGACUUUCUUCUGUUGACAGCAAUGGAACCAUUUUGAAUCAAGGAAGUUGUACAGGGACUUUUGAAUGAAAAUUUUAACUUGUGUCCCACAAGAGCUGUGUUUAUGGGCUUUUUGUUUGAGUUUUUCAUGAUCAAUUGCUUCGUGUUCAUCAACAUCUGUUGGUAGAACAAAGCACAAACGUUUGAUGUGCAUGGUUUUUGUAAUAAUGUUGAUGAUGGGAAGAAAAAAAAAAGGAAAGUUUGCUAAAAUAAUAGGAAACCUGGGAAAUGGGAAGUGGGAAGCGGUUUUAUUCUGUUCUGAUUGUG